ACCUCACUGCUUGUGGCCAGUCCAUCAUCUGAAAACCCUCCUACCUUUCCACACUUCGUUUAUGGGUAUGAAAACAUAGCAGCCUGAAAGAGAACAGAAGGACUCGUGGCUCUGAGCCUCAAUGUAUCAUUUCCUCUCAGACCAGAAACCAGCAACUUAAGAAGAUGUCUAACGCUCUCUGUAUUGUGGGUUCGUUGUUUGGCUCCCCAGAAGGACAGCAAGAAUGUGGUUCCUGUUACCUGAUAAACAUGGGAUCUGUAAUAGGCAUUAUUGCCUCUGAUAUCAUCUUGACCAUCUUCAUCACUAUUUCUGUGUUUUGCUUUGCAACUCACCAAAGGAGAAGGAGGGAAUGGGACUCACAUAACGGCAAAAGAAGCGUGUCAUCAUCAGUUUCAAAGAAAAUGGCAACAGAGGUCACAGAAUCACCAUAUCAGGAGUUACAUGGAGUCCAAUCAGAUGUGUACAGUGAACUUCGGCACUUUAGGAAAUGAAUGAAUAACAUGAAAAGUGUAAAAAUGCUGACAGUGUCCUGUUUGUAAUUAGCUCCAUUUUAUGUAAACUAUGAUCCCGCUUUGCCACUUAUGCUCCCACAGCAUUAUAGGCACAAUGUGUUUAUUUUGCACUGAUUGAUUUAUGUUUUAUUCAGUGUACUGUGUGGCAAUGAAUGUAAUGUUUGCUGCAUCACAUUUUUGUUUUGCUUUUGUUUUUUGUCAGUCUUAAGAUGU